AUGGGUUUUAUAACAGAAAAUAUAUUCCACCCAAUACAAGACGAGGUUGUUCUCAAUAUAUUAGUAACGUAUGGUGUAACACAGAUAGUAUUCUGGGUGGUUGGUGGUACGACUCUGUUUGUUGAUGUGACGGGGAAACCAGACUGGAUGAUCAGAAACAAACUACAGCCUGGCAAGAAUCAACCAGUUGAAAAGAAGAUAUUAUUGAAAAUUUUGAAAGUUGGGCUCCGAAAUCAGAUACUGAUCGGCUUUCCUCUCACAGCUGUUCAUUAUCCAUUACGACAAUGGCGAGGUAGUGAUCUAACUUUAACCUUUCCAGACUGGACGAUUCUACUUCGAGAUCUGGUUUUCUGUGUUUUAUUGGAGGAGAUUUGUUUCUAUUAUUCACACAGGUUACUGCACCAUCCCAAACUGUAUAAAACCAUUCACAAGAUACACCACGAAUGGACGGCACCGAUAGGACUAGCGGCAGUGUAUGCCCAUCCUGCUGAGUACAUCUUCUCUAAUAUAUUACCGUUGAUGCUCGGACCACUGCUUGCUGGGUCGGGGCUGGUCACUAUCUGGGUAUGGUUUACGGUUGCUAUAACAACUACCAUCAGCCACCAUAGCGGUUACCAUGUUCCAGGAGUUCCUGGCAAUGAAUUUCAUGAUUAUCAUCAUUUAAAAUUCCAUGAAAAUUUCGGUGUUUUGGGAUUACUGGAUUGGUUUUAUCAGACAGAUACAAAAUAUAAACAAUUUAAAAUACAACAGAGACGAACACAGGGUACACAUACCUAA